CAAAAGAAAAUCAGUUCGCAAAUCGUGUCGUUGCAAAGGUGUUGUGUUAACACAAAUCAAGCUUAAAUACGACAGGUUUUACUGACUCUUCGAGCGACUAAAGUUUUUUUUUCAAUUUUAAUCACUAUAAUUUACGACAUAAUACGACAGAAAAAGUCGUGACGAAUCUAGAGGAUGGCGUGCGACCCUCUUCGCAAUGAACCUGUCCUAUCCGUCGAGUUUGAAGUAUUCGGAAAGGUCCAGGGUUGCUAUUUUCCAAAAUAUGUCAGAGAUCUCUGUCAACAACUGGGAAUUUGUGGCUGGGUGAAAAACACUAAAAAGGGGACGAUAGUCGGAAAAAUGCAAGGACCAGAAUCACUUGUUGAACAAAUGACGCAGUGGUUAUCAACGGAGGGAAGUCCAGGAAGCCAGAUCCAUCAUUGCGAAUUUACCAACAUCGAGCACGUGACGAGGAUUGGCUACCCAAAUUUUGCAAUUCGUUUUUGAAGGGAAAAUGCCACGUCCCUAUGAAAAACACCUCAAUCGAUGGGAAAUAUAAGAACCGUGAAACGGAAAAUUCGAACACGUACCUUCUGAGAAAUACCUAUUUCUCACUCACGUUUCCUUACGAACGUGCGACGGAUACCUGUAUAAAAAUAAUUAAUAUUUUUUUCCUCCGUAUUUUCAUGAAUGCUUGUGCGAAUAUUUUGAUUUUAGGGUUCUCUCAACAUUUCAAUCUUCCAUUGAAAUGAGUAGGUCAGUCUAGUACGAAUGAAUGAGUGGGAAAAACACUAAUAAUGAAAAUGUAAUUAUUAAUAAUUGCAGCCAUGUACCUCAUAAUAUUACUGCAGACGUCUGAAAAUUCUGUGAAUAUGUUACAUUAAUAUAAGAUGGAACUUUUCUACAAAAUAAAUUAAUGCAAAACAUUUUGCAAAGAUUAUAUCAUUAGUCAAAUAAUACCUGGAAUUGUUAAAAUAUGUACGUAGUUAGAUUGCCAAUGUAAAAUAAUUUGAAUUAAAAGAAAUCUUUUUAA